UGCUUUUGGCGAUGUUUCAAAAACAGGCUUACAGAGAAAAAUGCUGAAAUUCUUAAAAAAAUCCUGUAUUAUAUCAGUAGUGCAGAUAAUCAAACUAAUGAACAGCUCAACUACGUAAUUCAGGAAAUAUACAUGGUGAUAUCGAAUGAAUAUACGGAUAGUACUAUUUUUCUUGAAAAGCUGAAAAGCACCAUAAUAAAGGGCAAACAAUUGCAUAAAUCCAGUCAUGAUAUUAAGAUCAAUAAUCAACAUUCGAAUACUACAAAAGAACAUAGGAAGUCGGAGAAUUGUUCUAUGCAAUCGUUUCCUCAGUCAGUAAAUAAUUAUAGUUCUCAAUUUUCAGAAUACAGAACUGAUGAGAAAAAUUAUGACUUUUCUCACUCCCAACUUCAGUUAGUUUUGAGAAUGGAAGGCAUCCGUGAUUGGCUCCAUUUAAUUGCUUCAUGUGGUCUAUUAAAUGAACUUGAUCCACCACUUCCACGUAUUUCUUCUAUAGAAAGGCAUAUACGGAUCGGAUCUUGGAACCUUAACCGCUUCGAUUUAAGUAAAGCUAAACAUCCAGGAUUCAUGGAAGUUGUUUGCCUGACCAUUUUACGAAUGAACGUCUCAUUAAUAUUGCUUCAAGAAGUCUCAGACCCUUUAGUUGCUGAUUAUCUGUGCAAUGAGCUAAAUUAUCCAUCUCUUCCCCACGUAAAACGAUGGGUUGAAAAAUUUCCUCUGUCUACUCCCCCGUACUGGAAAGCGUCAUGUUCGAUCCAACCAACUGGUUCCAUGUUCCGUGCAAAAGAGUAUGCCGUUUUUCUAUAUAAUUCUCGAUGUGGUAUUCGGAUUUCUCGGACAAGUUUAUUGGAAAAGUCUUCGAACUCAUUACCUGUUUCAAGAAAGUCGUUUACACGCAGUCCAUGUGGAGCCUCCUGCCAUAUUCAACAUAUUAACUUAGUUCUCAUUUCAGUACAUUUGAAGGCAAGUGGAUUAAGAAAUAGUCAAAUUGGCAGGACUAUCUCAGAAAUUGAAUCUCUUGGCUAUCUCGUUCAAGCUUUUUAUGAAACACAACCUAGGGGAACAUAUCUCAUUAUAGCUGGUGAUUUCAACCUCUUCCCAACACAUGAAGUUUAUCGGGUAUUACGUGAACGUGGUUUAUGGCCAGUACUCAAAGGUGAACAACAAACUACCAUGAAUUAUUCUAAAUCCAGAUCUAACCAUUUUAGAGCAUAUGACAAUGCAUGGCUUUCUGCUAACCUCUCUUUGACUUCUGAAUCGACUAUUCGUUGGACUGGUGAUUCUGGUGUCAUAUUAAAAGGGCUCAGACAUCCUUUAAUUCCGGAGGAAACAGGAAGUGGUGCAAAUGGUCUUGUUAGUGAUCAUGCUCCCAUAUGGUUUGAUAUUCACUUAACGUAACAAUAACCUGUAUUUAUGUAUAAUUUUUUAUUAACGAACUUAUGAUAACGUUGUACAUAUGUACUUAAUAAUAAAGAGCAUUUAUUUUGAUAGCUUGACAAUUAAUCUUCUGCCCCGUAACCGAAAAUUUGUUCACAGUCAAACCAAGAUUUUUCGGUAUCCACCUUGUAAAAUUCUUCUGUGAUUUGACGGCCAGUUUUUCGUGGUGUUUUCCGAAUAUUAGUCACCUAAAAAAUAUUUCAAUGUUUACUUUUGCUUGUUAUGUAGGGUUUUCUAUAUUUGCAAUUGUAUAUCAAUUGUUAGUCGAAUUAUCUGUACAUAUCUGUAUGUUAAUUAAUUGACAUUGGUACCAUUUUACUCGUUGUUUACAACAAUUACUUAUCUCAACUGUUUCGUGCUUAUUACAUUAAGGUCUCCAGCUCAAUAUACUGAUCUGC